GGGACUGAGGGAGCCGGGGCGGGCUGAGGGCGCCGGGCUGAGGGAGGGACAUGGCGAGGGCGGCCGUCUGCCUGCUGCGCUGCGACCUGCGGGCCCACGAUAACCAGGUGCUCCACUGGGCUCACAACAAUGCCGAUUACAUUAUUCCCCUCUACUGCUUCGACCCGCGGCACUACGUGGGCACCCACUGCUACGGCUUCCCAAAGACGGGGCCGCAUCGGCUCAGGUUUUUGCUGGAAAGCGUGAAAGAUCUAAGGGAAACGCUCAAGAAGAAAGGAAGUACCCUGGUUGUGAGAAAAGGGAAGCCAGAAGAUGUGGUCAGUGAUCUAAUUACUCAGUUGGGCUGCGUUGGUGUUGUAGCUUUCCAUGAAGAGGCUACACAGGAGGAGCUGGAUGUGGAGAAGGGGCUGUGCCAGGUGUGUGGGCAGCACGGGGUGAAGGUGCAGACGUUCUGGGCAGCCACGCUGUACCACCGGGAUGACCUUCCCUUCGGGCCUAUCGCCAGGUUGCCCGAUGUCUACACCCAGUUCCGAAAAGCGGUGGAAUCUGAGGCGAAGGUCCGGCCAACCCUGCAGCUGGCAGAUCAGCUGAAGCCUCUGGCUCCGGGGGUGGAAGAAGGCUGUAUCCCUACAAUGGAGGAUUUGGGACAGAAAGAUCCUGGGACUGAUCCACGAACAGCCUUCCCCUGCAGUGGAGGAGAGACCCAGGCUUUAAUGAGACUCCAGUAUUAUUUUUGGGACACGAACCUGGUUGCAUCUUACAAGGAGACUCGGAAUGGGCUGAUAGGGAUGGAUUACUCGACCAAAUUUGCACCAUGGCUGGCGCUAGGCUGCAUUUCACCUCGCUACAUCUACGAGCAAAUACGGAAGUAUGAAAAAGAGAGAACAGCAAAUCGUAGCACAUACUGGGUCCUGUUUGAACUACUGUGGCGGGAUUACUUUCGAUUUGUGGCCCUGAAGUACGGCAGAAGGAUUUUCUCAGUAAGAGGGCUUCAGAGUAAAGAGGUCCCCUGGAAAAAGGAUCUUCAGCUCUUUGACUGCUGGAAAGAGGGCAAAACGGGGGUUCCUUUUGUCGAUGCCAACAUGCGAGAGCUGGCUGCGACGGGCUUUAUGUCUAACAGAGGGCGGCAGAACGUCGCCAGCUUUCUCACCAAGGACCUGGGUCUGGACUGGAGGAUGGGGGCAGAAUGGUUCGAACACCUGCUGGUUGAUUACGACGUUUGCAGCAAUUACGGCAACUGGUUGUACGGCGCUGGCGUUGGCAAUGACCCAAGGGACAACAGGAAGUUCAACAUGAUUAAACAAGGCCUGGACUACGACGGCAACGGAGAUUACGUCCGGCUGUGGGUGCCAGAGCUACGGGGCGUUAAGGGAGCAGCUGCCCACACCCCGUGGGCACUGAGCAGUGCCGCGCUCUCCCAGGCGGGCGUAACUCUGGGCGAGACCUACCCACAGCCAGUCGUGACGGCCCCGGAGUGGAGCAGGCACAUCAGCCAGAGGCCUCAGGGAAGAAGCCCCCAUCCCAGGGGCAGGAGAGGACCUGCUCGCACCCCGGCGCAGCACAAGGACGGAGGGAUAGAUUUCUACUUUUCUCGCAAGAAAGAUGUGUGAUGAAGGCGAUCCACGUGCAUCCUGGAGAAGAGUUCACUGGGAGCUUUUGCUGCUGAAUAUUCAGAUUUAAUGCUCUAUCUCUUUGAGCUAAGCCAAUGCUAGAAGUCUGGCCUCACGGAAGUAACAGGGAUCUGCCUCUUUGGUGUUCCCAAGGACAGGCUCUGCAAGCAGAUAUUUGGAGGUUGUGUUCUAGCACUGAUCAUGGUGCUUGGAUCCUUUUUCACUUAAGCCACUGCUGUGAGGUUGUAGGCACUCUCCAGGAGUGCUGGGGGUCUGAUUCCCGUAGACACGUGUCACUCUUAACUCUGUAAAGUGCUUUUGUUGAAAGGGACUGUCAAACUAAUGUUAACUAACCAAAACGGUACCGCCUUUCCAUUUUGAACAGGUGUUGCUGCUUUUCCAGGGCCUCUCGCUUGGCACUGUUGCUUACAGCUGUUACAAGCUCAAUUUCUACCUCUUUUUACAAACUGGAGCAGAUGGUUUAUGCAGCAGGUAUUCAGAAAGAACUAUUUAUCUUGAAUUUUCUUAUGCUAAUUUUUCAUUCUUAAAGCUUUUAAACUACUGCUCAUUAUGCAAUUAAAAAAUUUGCUGCUGGA